AUGUCCAAAUGUAAAGCCAAAGAAUUGUCUUCGGAUUUUUUAUCUUCGAGUUCAUCAUCUUCGGGCUUAUCAUCUUUGAGUUCGUUGUUUUUGUCUCCUUUUGAAAGUGCUGAAGAAUUUGCUGAAGAAUACUUACUGAUUUUGAUAUUCCGUCAGCAUUCUUUUGAUGAUCCGGAUUCAGAUGAUAACAAUGACGACCAGAAUGCUGCAGAAAUAGAUGCUGUUAGUGUCUCUAAAAAAAAAUGUAAAUCAGCAGAGACUAUACUUCUACCACCGUCUUUAAACUUUGAACUGCUUGUUCACCAAA